AUGAUUUAUAAAACGAGACCAUCGCCACAGCCGUCAGCAGGGAGAGCCUCCUCAGGGGCAGUUCCUCCCAGCACGGCCGCCCUUCCCGCGAACCACGGCGGUUCCACGUCCGCCCUGUUGCCCUGGGAAAGAGGAACGCUCCCGGCGCACACGGGAGGCACGACACAGCGGGAGAGGCUUCAGCUGGAGGCAAAGUCACGGCACAGCCCCUCGGGGCGGCCGCAGGAACGCGGCGGGCAAAGGCGCGGGGAAAAGCGGCUGAGGAGAGCGGUAAUUAAAGGAGAAGUUGGGACUGAGUUGGACUUGCUGCCUUUAGAAACUGUUUUCUUAACGAGUAUUAUUAUAAGACGAGGAUUUGCAUUUCGGAGAAAACAAAAGAUCAUAAGACAAUACAGGAAAUUGUUAAAAAAGGGAAGAAAGAUCAAUCCACAACAGGAUGAUCAGUUUACUGAUACCUACCCGGAGCACUUGAAACAUCUUUACCUGGCUGAGGAAGAAAGGCUUAAGAAACGGCGCAGGACUCCAGGUGAUUCAGUUUCAUCAGAAGAAAAAAUUAAUAAAGCAGCAGAUUCAGUUAUGACUGAAGCGAAGUUUAAGAAGAAAACGUCCAAUCAGAAGGCAAAAGAAGAGUAUGAGAAAAUAAAGGCUGAGCGUGCUAGAAAGAAAGAGGAAGCAGAAAAAAGGAAACAACAAAGAGAAGAAGCUCAACGGCAGUACAAGCAAAAGAAAAUGGAAGCUUAUAAAAUAUUGAGUAAGAAGACAAAAAAAGGACAGCCCAAUCUAAACUUACAAAUGGAGUUUCUUCUUCAGAAAAUACAGCAAAAUACCUAA